UUAUUCCUGAAUUGAUUGUGAAAUUGGUGGUUAUACAACUAUCAAAGGAGUAAUGUAGUCUGAUUAUACACCUGGAUUUAACAAGAUUCGCCUGUUUCAUUCAUAUACCUGAGGCAAGUGUGAUCUCAUGGCCACUAUAGAUACCUGUAGUGGUCAUUUUCUUAUCCUGGACUCACAUGGAUUAGACACAUGAGGGGAUCACCAUAAACAACUGUCAACACCAACUAAAGCAGGCUUUACCUGGUACAUAUAGUGUUAAUGUGUGAUGACCAGCGGCCAUUUGAUGGUUACACCUUUGGGCAGGUUAUAGAGAUGCAUUAUGGAUUAUCGCCAUGGCGAGGUAGGGGAAGUUUCGGUGGACGUAUUGUUUGACGAUUUCAUCAAGGCAGGCACAUGCAAGCAUAUUCUGUCCACAUUCCAACAGCUCUGUGAGGAGUUGGACAUCAAACACACAACCCAUAGACACUUUUACCGCAGACUUCGCAACCGCAUCACCUCAUGGAAGGCUCAGACAGUUUGGGCCAAGCUCGACAAGCGGGCCGGGCUCAAGGAGUACAGGAAGGGCGAGGCCUGCUCAGAUACUAGAGUCCUAGUGAUUGGUGGGGGACCAUGUGGACUGAGGAUGGCCAUCGAGUGUGCCCUGCUCGGGGCACGCGUGGUGCUGGUGGAGAAGAGGGACAGUUUCUCCAGGAACAAUGUCCUCCAUCUCUGGCCCUACCUCAUUACUGACCUCAAAAAUCUUGGCGCGAAAAAGUUCUUUGGCAAAUUCUGUGCUGGAGCCAUUGAUCAUAUCAGUAUUCGACAGCUCCAAUGUAUCCUGAUGAAGGCUGCACUAAUCCUGGGGGUGGAGAUCCACUGUAAUGUGGGGUUUGAGGGCAUCCUGGAGCCUCCCGAGGACCAGUCCACUCACAAGGUGGGAUGGCGAUGCAAGGUGGACCCUCCAGAUCAUCCAGUGUCGGAGUAUGAAUUUGAUGUCCUCAUUGGUGCUGAUGGCAAGAGGAACACACUACAGGGUUUUAAGAGGAAGGAAUUUCGUGGGAAGCUUGCAAUAGCGAUCACUGCCAACUUUAUCAACCGGAACACGACAGAGGAGGCAAGUGUGGAGGAAAUCAGUGGUGUAGCCUUCAUCUUCAACCAGAAGUUCUUCAAAGAUCUGACAGAACAAACAGGCAUAGACUUGGAGAAUAUUGUGUACUACAAGGAUGAUACUCACUACUUUGUGAUGACCGCAAAGAAAACCAGUUUACUCGACAAGGGGGUUCUCAUACGAGACUAUCCUGACACUGCCUCCCUCUUGUCACCCAACAACGUGAACCGGGACAGUUUGAUGGACUAUGCCCGUGAGGCUGCUGACUUCUCCACCAAUCAGCAACUGCCUCACCUGGACUAUGCAAUCAACCACUAUGGUCAGCCAGACAUUGCCAUGUUUGAUUUCACCUCCAUGUUUGCAGCUAAAAAUGCCUCACGGGUCAUAGAGAGGAAUGGUCAUAACUUACUGACGGGACUUGUCGGAGAUAGUCUGUUGGAGCCUUUCUGGCCCACUGGCUCUGGCUGUGCACGAGGGUUCCUCAGCUGCAUGGAUGCUGCAUGGAUGAUUCGACGCUGGGCAUCCGGGAAAAUGACACCACUGCAGGUGUUGGCGGAGAGGGAAAGCAUCUUCCUACGACUCUCCCAGACAACGCCUGAAAACCUUCAUAAAAACCAUCACAUGUACACCCUAGACCCCAAUACCAGGUAUCCCAACUUAAAUUCCAAAGCCCUUAUACCUGAGCAACUGCGACACCUGUAUGACUGUGGUGAUGGUACGAACAUGGACGAGAUCAUUGAUAUACCUGCAAAGCGGGCUAGAAAUGAUGACUUUGUGGACAGCUACACGUUACUACGGUGGUGUCAGAAGCUGUUAAACACGGGAACAUUCAGAACGGUACACAUAGUGGACCUGACAUCCUCUUGGCGCAAUGGAUUUCCUCUCUGCUAUCUCAUCAACAUCCUCAAACCGAAUCUCCUUGAUAUGAACACUUUGAACUCCAAGGAGGCGACCAAGAACUGCCAGCUGGCGUUUGACAUAGCCCAGAAGGAGUUUGGAAUUGCCCCUGUGAUGACCGGAGAAGAGAUGACCCAAUGUUCUGCCACAGACAAACUCGCAAUGAUCUCAUACCUGUCUCAGUUCUACCAGAGGUUCAGGAAAGACCGAGCAUCAAGCUUUGAGUCGCCCCGAGAGGAUAGUCACAAGAGUCAUAAAUCUCCCCAUCACCGUCUGUCCAUCCUACAGAAGCUGCGGGUCAGCGCACGAUUCGCAAGGUCGAAAAAGAGGAAAGAAAAGGAAGGAGACAAGCAUGAAACGUCAUUCAGUAAGAGGAGACUCAAGGACAAUGAGGUCAAAGAGACAAAUGGUGAUGUACAACUGACCAAGUAUAACAAACUACCGAUGGAUGAGAUAGCCAACAAAUUGACCGUCCAGACCAAAAGUGAAAACUUCAAACAGAAAGAAGAGUCCCUGGCAGCAGUUAAGGUCAGCGCAAUGGCAGAGCUACUUGUGUCAAAGUUCAAAGGUCAACAGGAAGAGCCAGUCAAAACAUCACCAGCCACCAAAAGGAAGCAGCCAGGGGUGUUGAUGGCUGCCACCAAGGCCAGUGAGUUCUGCUACUUCUGUAAGAAGCGGGUGUAUUUGAUGGAACGAAUGAGUGCUGAGGGCAUUUUCUUCCAUCGGGAGUGUCUCAAGUGUAGUUACUGCUCUGCCGGUCUCCGACUCAGUAAUUACAGCCAUGAGCGCUCACACACCGGGGAAGUUAAGUUCUACUGUUUCCGACAUCAACGACCAGAAUCUAGGGUACAAGUCAGGAGUAGACGGAAGAGGUCUUGGCUCAAAGACGAUAGUCUCAAGGAAAACAUUCCGAAGAUUACCAUUGACACCAGUGACUCACCAACACCGCAACGUAAGAAAACCGAUGGGUCACCAAAGAAAGUACCUAGUCCUCUGUCUCCACCCCUGAUGCCAGAUUCAGACUAUAUUAAGGCCAAGAAAACGCCAGAGAGGAUAGAAUUUGAGAACAGCAUUGACGGUUUACAGGAAGAAGAGUCUGAGGAGGAGCUCACCGAACACAAUCUCCGUGCCUCCAUGUCCUCGGAGGCCAUCCUCAGUGAUGGAGAGGAGGAAAACAUGUCAGACUCGGACCUCGAAGACCUGUAUGAAUUGCUGAGUGACUGGUCCAGUGACGAUGAUGAGCUAACAGAGGUGAUGGAGGAGACUUUUGGCCUCAAGAAGGAUCUUACAUUGGAGGAGGCUCUCGAGGUGGUGGAGACCCUCAAACGCAAGUCCCAUGAAAACCUCAUUGACGCUGUCAACAAUGAGGGAAAAGUCAAGUACAUGGAUAGUGAUGAGGAUGAUGACACAGAGGUGGAGGGCGACUCUGACUUUGAGACAGAUCAAGAUGAUGAGGAUACAGAGAUGGAAGAUGAUGUUUGGGAGGAGGCUGAAGAAGAACAAGCACCUGCUGUAACACCAAACAAUAAACUCUCACUCAACAUUCCACCUCCAGACCCUUCUAAUGUUGAAUGCAAAGCACGGCGAGCUAACUUCUUCACCACUCCUCCUGAGGUAGUCAGAUUGGACCCAUGGAAAAUGUUUGGUAUGGGAGAAACAAAUGAGGAUAUCAACAAAAUCCCCAAGUCUGAGGACUCGGAGGAAGUGAUCACGACUCAGCCCCAUGCCGCAGCGGAUAUGAUUGGGUCUGAUACAGAGGCCACAGAUCGUCAAAUUAAGACAGAGAUAUUGGACGAGGAUGAAAAUAAAGAAAGACAAGAGGAAGUGAUGGCAAGAGCUGAUGAAGAUGAUCAGAGGACAGAUGAGGAAUGUGAUGAAGUGUUUGAUUCUGAGGAGGAUGGAGAGGAUGUGGAUGAUAAAGAUGCUCUGAAAUAUGAAAUGGAAAAACUAUUAGUUGACAUUGAUCACAAGUCUAGUGCAAGUGGUGAAAGUGUUCCUGAUAUCCUCAAGACUGAUGAGGAGGAAGUUCACUCUUCUUCAGCAGAGGAAGACGGGGAAGUAGCAGGGGUAGAGGUUGGUAUGUUAGAGGACACAGAACAAGCUGUGCUUAGGAGUGUACAACAGAUGAGUGAGAAUGGCUCGUCUUCCUCAGGACGUACCACAUUACAAGAUGUGUUAAACAGUGUGGAAGGCAUGAAUGCCGAAGAUGAGAGGAUUAACUUGCAGGACUUUACUGGGGUAGACGAUAGGUUUAUUACACGGACAAGAGGGGGUAGGAAAGGGGUUGUGAAAAAGAAAAAGCGGCCAACGUACCGUGAUUCUGUUGGGUCCGACUCCAGUUUCACUAUCUCUACACCUAGCCAUUCCGGUCGGUCAUCUGUGAGUUCUCUUUCGUCCGAGCUGGAUCAUAAUCAACCAUAUGGCGGAGAGGAUGAAAACGAAGAAAAACCUGAUGAGGAUUUAUUACGAGAUUAUCAGCUUACUCUUAGUCAGGCUUUGGGGGAAGAUUACAGUGAUAGUACAACUCCUAGAGACAAUGGAAACCAAGAUAAUCUUGAUGAAACUCUUCAAGCAGAACAGGAGGAGUUGGAUAGUUCGAUUGUAGAUAAAGAAAAAAGUUUCUAUGCAACGCCCAAUGCAAGCGCGAGUGAUAAAAGUGCUAAUAUUAGUGACAAGUAUUCAUCAGCAAAUGAGAAUUUUUCUGAGAUGUCUCCAGAUGCAGUGUUUAAUGAUGAUUUAACCAAAACCAAUAGUAACGGUAGUGCUUGGCGUCCUCUCCCUCCCCCACCCCCUGUAGAUAAUAAUGACAAUGUGAAAUCCUCCACUAAAUCGCUUACAAAGCGUCAGAACAGUACAGAAUCUGGGGGUGACUCUGGAAAGGAGGGACGCACAUCUACGGGGAGACAACUCCCUGAUAUCAGCAACCUCACAAGUAAGGUAUCUGAGCAAGGGUUUCAGAGCAAGUUCAUGAAAAAGAAGAUUGGUUCUCCGACCUCAACUAUGACAAGUGGUGACAGUACGACUAGUGGCAAGGAGAGUUCCUCUAGUCCAGAAAUGAAGUUUAAACACAGGUCUGUUUCCACUGACAGUUCUAGGAACAACUACACUUCAUCCUCAUCAACAAGUGGGGAUAAAGACAGAGUACCAAAGUCAAAGGAGAAAAAGAUGCGAGUGUCGGUAGAUCAUACCAAGCUCCGAGCUCUUAGCAGCUAUGAGGAUAGUUCAAGUCAAAAUGAGGAGGCAGGGGACAGGAAAAAGAAAAUUGGCAUAGAUUCAAGACUGAAAAGUAAGAUGAAAGAAGAGAUAUAUAAGCCACGUGUGAGUGUAGGAGAGCACAUGGUAGAUGACAUUCCAUUUGCAGAUGACAGCGAAGAAGACCCGCACUAUGACAAUUUCUAUACACCAGCCACCUCUGUCAAGAGUAGGCCAGCUCCUGCCAUGAAACGCCCCAGCCCUCAGCGGGACAUCAGGAAACGAAUCCUGCCUACUCCUCCCAAUCAAGGAGAAAGCACGCCAGCUGUGCCAACAAUUGACCACAUAAGACAGCUCAAACGAACAGAUAUGGACAAGGCACGCGAAAAGGCUCGAGAGAAGGCAAGGUUGAAAAGUGAUGAAGAGUUAGGGUUGGCCAACAUGGGGUACACCCCUGUGGCAGGUCAUAAAGGUCACCGGUAUCGUCGGGGCAACAGUUCCACCCCAAGCACCAGUGAUCAGGUCUUAUCUGACAGUGAUGAUAACCAUAUUAAAUUAAAAGUGCUGCAUUCCACACCAAAUGGUGAGGUCGUCCUACCGCCAAAGUUUACCAAGGAUAAAAAGACCAAACAGUUUGAUAAUAGUACCAAUGGUAAAAGUACUGAUAAGUCAGAUACUGAAACCAAGUCAACAAACAAGAAACGCAAAUCUCUCCUUCAGAUGUUACGGCCCGGCAAAGAAAAAAACAAAGAUUUUAAGGACAAAAGGUCGUCAUCAAAUGAUACUCUUGAUGAAAAAUCUGAAAAGAAAGUGAAAAAGACACCUAAAUCUGAUAAGAAGAAGAAAAAGACACAUAAAUCUGAAGGGGAUGCUUUGGACAAGGGCCUGAGUGAAGGUAUGCAGGAUUUAAAGAUAGUGGGGUCAAUGUUUGGACAGAAGGACACCCCUACAGGACGCCGCCCAGGCCAUGCUGUCCGAAGGACAGUGGCCCCAAGGGCUGACUUGGAAGAGUUUUCGGAUUCUGAUGAAAGUCACGUAUCUGUUGACACCACACUGUCCAGGCGAUCAAGGGACCGAAGGACAAUGUCAGAAGACGAGGUGAAUGUUAAAAUUGCCCGUCGUGUGCAGUCAGCUGCCAAAAAACAGCAGAAGCAACGAGAGCAGAAACGUCUGAGGAUGGCCCAGGAGAUACAGAGACAACUGGAGGAGGUGGAUGUCAAACAGAGGGAGCUAGAGGAGCGGGGCGUCUCUAUAGAAAAAGCACUCAGAGGGGAGGGUCCAGAUGCCGAGCGUGAAGAGAAGGAAUUGAUGCAGGAGUGGUUCAACCUGGUGUAUGAGAAGAAUGCACUAGUCCGAUACGAAUCUGAGCUGAUGGUUAAUGCCCAGUAUAUGGAACUUGAGGACAGACACGGUCGUCUGGAACAGAAGCUCCGAGAGAGGAUGGCUAUGGACAAUAUAGUUAAAACCCAGGAACAGGCUGCAGAGGAGAAGCGAAUUCUGGACGAACUCCUCCAAGUUGUGGAGGAACGCAACAAUCUUGUAGCCAUGUUGGAGGAAGACCGACUCAGAGAGCGAGAAGAAGACAGCGAGCUCAAGUCCAUGAUGCAGAACAAAGGCUUUAAUCUCAGUCCACUAGACAGUACCCGCAAGCUACGGGACUCCCAGGGGUUCCCACUGUCCUGCUAGCAUAUCUCACCAUAGUCGGACUACACCACAUAACAACUAGACAGAACCAAGAAUAAGAAUCCUGAUUUAUCUGGAUUUUGAGAUACUUGCAGUGGAAUAAAGUUUAUACUGUGUCAUGAUUCUGAGAAUUAUUAUCAAAGUGGAAUGUUUUGCUGGAUGGAAAAGCAUAAGUCAAUCUAGACAUCGAUGAUAAUGUUCGUGUCAGUCACAAAACAACUUCAUAUUGCUUCUGUCAUCAUAAUUCAAAGAUAUUUUUCAAAGUGCUAUGCUUGAAGUGACAAGAAAUGGACUUAACAAAGAUGUCCUCAUGCAUACCAACUAUUUAAAGUGAUAUAGAGAUUUACACAAGACAACCCCCUCCUGCAUGCAUAGCAACACUGUUCAGAAGUGUCCUAGCCAUGAACUGCAGAAACGGGACUCGGGACAGCUAGGUCUGUGUUUGUGGCACCAUUGCAAUGAAUGCUAUGUACGAGUAUACUUGUAUCUUGUCUACAAGUGACUGAACAUAUUUCUGCGGAGUCCUGUAGACUUCAGGGAGAAAAGUGCAAUCAACAUAUUAAUCAUUUGUGUAAUCCUCACAUGUGAACAGCAUGUAUUGUGUCUAUGAAGUUAUGUCCAGUUACAUUUGCAUGUUUUGUUACGUGUCACCCAUCAAUAGGCUAACAAAGUCUGAUGAUACUUCACCUUAAACUAUGAACGUCUUAAUAAGUACUCCUGUAUUGCAAUAUUACCAUUUCCAGUUUUGUUGAGUUUGAUGAAGAAAAAAUUGCCAACAAAAUGGUACAAUAAAUGCAGAAUAGGAUCCUGAAUGUUCUAUUAUAAAUCAGAAAUGCAUUUCCAUUUUGUUUCAUUUUUAUAAUGAUAAUUACUUCAAUGUUGUCGCAAAUGUUGACAAUACGGAAUGGUGACGGAUAAUACAAUUGUAUUAUCCGUUGUUUUUAAGAGGAUACUUUUCCUUUAAAUUUUUAAACUUUCAAUCACAAAACUGGAUCUGGGAAUUCAGUACAAGGUAUGCUUCAUACUAUUUGGAUAGAAGUAUAUUACACUAUAAAGAGGUAAGAAGGGUCAUUUGACUAAUGUGUUAGGUAUAAAGUGCUGUAUAAAGACUGGACCUUCACAGGAAUAUCCCCGGUUACAUAGCAUUAUGUUAGCAUCACUAGUUUAUGUAGGAGUAACGGCCCAAGUAGUCGAUUCAUAAUGGAAAUGGCCAGUUUUCUUAUAUCAUAGUUACUUGUAAGUUUGGAGAAUAUAAAUCUGCUAGACUUGUAAUGAGGGUUCAGUGAAAAGCAUACACAUACAGAAAUAAUCAAAUCAUUGUUGUUCUGAUACACCUUCAUUUAACAAGAUACCAGAUUUUCUAUGAACCUGUCCUAUUGAGGAAAAUGAUAUCCUUGCUAUAUAUUCUGUGUGAUAUUAUUUAUGCAAUGAUCUGACUUUUCUCUCUGCCUUUGUUAUGUUAGACUAGGCGUAAACUUCUGUGAUAGUCUCCUAAGUUAAGGAAUGUCAUUUACAUGUUUAUAGAUAAAAAUCGUGAAUUCUGUGAUGUGUCUUUUCUCUAGAAAAGUAUCCUUUAGUAUUCGUCUUAUGUUCAAAACGUUUUGUGGAUUUUAUUGAGAGACAGAAAACAGCAAUUGUACUUUUUACAGAAAGAACUCUUUGACUACAAAUAUAUUGGCACUCUUAUAAAUUUUUCUCUCUUUUAUUUUUUAGAUAUUGCACCAGCAACAAACUAUAGCCAUAUGAUAAGUGGGAAUAACCCAGGGUUCUUUGAAUAUGUUAAGUUUCCCUUACAAAUAUGCUUGGAUACAUUUUUCAAACAUCAAAGUGUAAAUUCAGGGUAGAUAUACUUCAGAGGGUAUUUUAUGUGAGACUUUCAUAAGAGCAAAUCCUGUUUUUAAUGAUGUGAUGCUUGUCUGCUUUAAAAGGUAUUUCCUGCUUGUCAUUUGAAUUUGCUUAUCUAGUUGUCAAAUUUGUUUCAAUUUUACCACAAAAAAGAUGGAUGAUCCCUGGCAUACACAAUUUGAUAUGUAUUGUAAGUGUCCAGCAUAGCAUUUUUGUUUUAUACAGCUCCUUGCUUUUGAUACAUGUCAGAACUGCCAAUGAUAUUUACAUUUUUGGUGUGAUUUUGUUUGGGCUAAUUUUUAUCAGGACUUGGUGUUCAGACAUGCUAUAGGUGUUUUGUACAAUGAUAACACGUGUACAUUCCUUGUCCAAAUAACAAUACCUACAUAUGUACCAAGGUCAUUACCACCGUCGUCAACUAAGUGAUUUGAUAUGAGUCACGAUGACGUACAUUUGUCCGAAGUGAAAGCGUACAUUGACAUAGACAAUACCAAACAGUAAAACCCAAUAUCCAAUAUAAAUGUAUUAUUUGUUUGGGGUAUUUGUCCUUGCCGAGGUCCAUUACCAGGUAUUCCAUAAAAAUUUCAUGGUGUAAAUGGAACAGUACUAUAAUAUUGACAGAUUGGUAUACUGAGGAGUAAGAAUGGUGACUGCCAUCAACAUUGACUCGCCACUACAUCACUUACCCUAACACCGACAUCAUUUAAACGUGAUAUUUUAUCAUUUAGGCAUUAAGGGAUUGGAUGGAUCAUCUGUAGCAAGCAGAGUGAAUGGGUAAUAUUUGGUGCAGAAUAUUAUAAUUGGGGAAUGUGAAACAUAUACAGUUGUUGUAUUUAACUCAUUCACCCCUGAAAUUUCUUAAUGAACUAUUCCAACCUUUGAAUUGGAAGGGCUCAAAUGUUUCAUCAGGAGUGAAUGAGUUUAAUAAAGGUACCACUUGAGCACUUUUAAACUGAUCACAGGAGCAGGUGGUAACUGAAGGCACUGUAGCCUUAUCUUAUUGGGACCUGCAUUUUCCUUGAAUUAUUUUUCCUUUAUACUAAUGAUACAUAGAUUUAAUUGCUAUUCAGUUUCUAGAGAAAUUCCUUGAUGUGUUAAAAGAUGUUAACAGUUGUCGGAGUUCACAUCUUGUGAAAGGGACUUUGUAGGGAGAGUGCAUUAUUCCUGUUGUGCCCUUAGUGUAAACAGGCCCACUGUUGUAAUAUUGACUAUAUUUAUAGUGUUUGUACAGGCCAAAUAUAAAUGAUGCGGUUCAGUUUUUGUUUGCUUCAGGUCUUAUUUAAUGUUUUGCCUUUCCUAUAAUACAUGUCAUUGUACUGUUUUUUCUCUCUUAGAUAUAUUUAUUGUUAAACGAGUUCCGCUAAGCCAGUGAUUACAAUAUUUAAUGAAAGAGCUUUGUGAAUAGUGAGUGAGAGAGAAAGAAAGAGAGCAAAGACAGACAGGUUGAAUAAGCAGGGUUGAGAGAUUGAAAGAGGAGGAAAAGUGUUGGUGGUGAAAGUAAGUUUUAUUGAUAUUUAUGUCUGUAACAUCACUGGUACACUUGUAUAAAGUAGUGAGUGAAGGGAGAUAAGUGAUUAUGUGACUUAUUGUACUCACCAGUGAUUCACAACCAUGUGAAAAACUUAGUUAUUCUGUUGAGAACUUCCUGUUUUAUAGUCUAAUAGUAACAAUUUUAAGUAAAUCAAAUAUUGACCAAAAUUAUCUAUUUUACGACAGAGUAUUUAGCGCGGUUACUGGGUAUGUUUAUUGUUUGAAAAAUUAAUUUCUGUCUGUGUACAAAACAGCAAUGAGAACUUUAUAUGUUGACCUUUGUACAAUUUAAAAAUCUAAGAUGAUACGUUCAGAUAAUCACAAAAUUCAAGCAUGUUUUUAUAAGUUUAAGAAAUAACCAUUACUAUAAAGUUUUGGUCUUUGAAACAACUUUAUGUAGUUUCUUUUUACUAAAAAUGUUUUAAAUGUUUUAUGCCAAUUACUCAAAAAUUAAAAUCCUUUAAAUAAAAAUCCACAGGUAAAAGGAGAAAGUACUCUGCAUAGAAGCUGUUGUGACUUUCAAGCAUUUCCAAUUGUUUUCAGAUAAAUAUUCUUACUAUCUACAUGCCAACACUUUAACAAAAUGUAGAAUUAUAGUAGCAUUUAACUUGUGUCUGAUGUAAGUUAUUUUGAAUCGACUAAUAGUAAAUACAAAGCUUCAAAAAUAUGAAAUAUACUUUGUUUGUAGGAAAUUGUCAUUAAAAAUGAAGGUUUACAAAAUUUGUCAUGGCUAAGUGGAGUUUGUAUUGAUUUGUAUGUUGGAAAUAAUUUGAGAAACAGAAAGACAGAAAUCCAUUCAACUAACACUUUGUACAUAAUCAUAAGUUUAUGUUUAACAAGUUUUCCAUAAGUUCAUGUCAAUACGUUUUUAUCAACUUGUAAAGGUACAAACCUGUAUUUUCUCAAAAUCCCCCAAAAGACUGCUUUGUUUAUCAUUGUGUUUAAGGAUCUUGUUUUAGCAUUAAAUCUCAUCUAGUCAUUUUCAAGCUGCAAAGUUUGUACUGUAACACAACAACCCUGCACUGGAAACUGUUUUAUAUGUGUAGCUUGUCACUGUUACAAGAGUAACCACCACAGGCGUAUCUUCCAGGGUUGUGACAUCUGGCUAAUAAAUAUUACCCACAGCUAAA